ACUUCACUCCACUUCCUCCACAACUACAUCUGACAAACUUGAUAUGGCUGAGACUAAGAAAUUCAAUAAAUCAAAAUUGAAGGCAGAAAUGCAAGAGAAAAAUCCAUUGCCUUCCAAAGAAAUGAUUGAACAGGAGAAGCAAGCAGGUGAAUCAUAAUAGGGCCCGCACCGCCUAUAUGCACUAUACAUUCCACAAGCAUUCCUUCUUAUUUCACUUCUUUUAGCUGUUUAACUUCAUAAGAUGCAAAGAGGGUGGGUCAGUUUAAAUGACUGUGCUGCCCUUUUCACAUUGGAGAACUAUUGACAAUAUAGGCCCAUACCUGCCACUCCCAUCUGCCUCUCUGGUUGGCAGGAAAGGAAAAGAACUUGCAUGUUGGUGGAGGAAGAAGCUGGGUGGGAUGACAGUGAAAUCCCGAGUAAAAACCAAGCUGGUCCAAGGUGUCCUGCAGACUGUAAAAUACAGUUUAAUCAGAAUGCUAUUUUUUGUUAAACUGAUUUUAAUUUUUGGAAUGUACAAUUUUAAAAUAUGCAAAUAAAAAGU